GUGCCAAGGAAUAAGCCAAGAAAAAGCUUUUUGUAUCCUAGCAUGGCAAAUGAAGAAGAUGAUCCAAUUAUACAAGAGAUUGACGUGUUCCUGGCCAGAAGUCUACUGGAGAAGCUGUAUCUGUUUCAGUAUCCUAUUCGUCCAGCUUCCAUGACGUAUGAUGAUGUUACACAUUUAUCAGCGAAGAUAAAACCAAAGCAGCAAAAGGUUGAACUUGAAAUGGCCAUUGAUACUUUGAAUCCUAACUACUGUCGCAGCAAAGGAGAACAGAUUGCUCUCAAUGUAGAUGGCACGUGUACAGAUGAAACAAGUACCUAUUCCUCGAAGCUGAUGGACAAGCAAACUUUCUGCUCUUCACAAGCUGCAAGUAACGUUUCCCGCUAUGCAGCUGCUGUUUAUAAGAAAGGUGAACUUCACCUGACUCCACUACAUGGAAUUCUUCAGCUGAGGCCAAGCUUCACCUACUUGGACAAGGCUGAUGCAAAACACCGAGAAAGAGAAGCUGCUAAUGAAGGUGGUGAUUCAUCCCAGGAUGAAGCUGAAGAUGAUGUUAAGCAAAUUACUGUACGAUUCUCCCGCCCUGAGACCGAACAAGCUCGUCAGCGACGUGUUCAGUCCUAUGAGUUCCUGCAGAAGAGACAAGCAGAAGAGCACUGGGUUCAUCUGCAUUAUUAUGGCUUGAAGGAUAGCCGUUCUGAACACGAGCGCCAGUAUUUAUUUAGUCAAGGUCAUGGCCUUGCUGAAAACACGGAAUUAAUUAAAUCUCCCAGUGAGUAUUUAAUGAUGCUGAUGCCUCCAAGCGUAGAGGAAGAGAAUGACAAACCAAUGGCUCCAAGCAAUGUGCUUUCUAUGGCCCAGCUGAGAACUUUACCCCUUGCUGAUCAGAUUAAGAUCCUGAUGAAGAAUGUGAAGGUCAUGCCAUUUGCAAAUCUGAUGAGUUUGCUAGGCUCUGGGACUGACUCUACGGCAGUUCUCCGCUGUAUACAGCAGGUGGCAAUGCUGGUCCAAGGAAAUUGGGUGGUGAAGAGCGAUGUCCUCUACCCAAAAGAUAGUUCUAGUCCACAUAGCGGAGUCCCUGCAGAAGUGCUCUGUAGAGGGAGAGACUUUGUUAUGUGGAAGUUCACACAGGACCGCUGGGUUGUGAGAAAGGAGGUGGCAGCAGUUACAAAACUUUGCCCAGAAGAUGUGAAAGACUUCCUAGAGCACAUGUCUGUGGCAAGAAUAAACAAAGGUUGGGAGUUCAUGCUCCCUUAUGAUGAAGACUUUGUUAAGAAGCAUCCAGAUAUAGUUCAGAGGCAACAUAUGCUGUGGAUGGGCAUUCAGGCCAAAUUAGAAAAGGUCUAUAAUCUCUUAAAGGAGCACUUGACACCAAAGAAACAAGAGGCACAAUCAGCUCAUCCAUUGCUGGUUUCUGGGGAGCAAAGGGUCAACAUGGCUAAAGCAAAAGUCAAGCAGAACUAUGGGCAGCUGGAGAAGGAGUUCCAGAAGCAAAAGGCAGAGAUGAAACCAAAUGACACCUUAGCCAAGAUGGAUGUUUCCAAUAUCCGCAUUAAAGAGGAGCCUAUGAGUGACGAGGAGCCAAUGGAUACCUCGGCUUAUGAGGGCAUGAACAACGGCAUUGUCAAUGGCCUCCAUACAGAGGAGGACUCCACGGACUCUUUAAACAGCCACUUGCCUGGAGGCUGCAUUGACCGAGUAGCCCAAGAACUGAAGGCAUUUGUGUCAUCAACAUUUAAGAAACAAUUUGUACUCACCCUGAGUGAGCUUAAACGGUUAUUUAAUCUUCACUUAGCCAGUCUGCCUCCAGGACAUACGUUGUUCAGUGGCAUUUCGGACAAAAUGUUACAGGACAUGGUAUUGGACACUGGCUGCAAACAGAUAUUGGUGCCUUUUCCUCCACAGACUGCUGCUUCACCAGAUGAACUAAAGGUCUAUGCACUUUGGGAAGCUGGUGACACUUAUGAUCAGCAUCGCCAAGUUUUGCUUGAAAUCUUUUCGAAAAAUUAUCGAGUGCGCAGGAAUGUCAUCCAGAAUCAGUUGAGUCAAGAAUGUGGAGAAGAUCUAAACAAGCAGGAGGUGGAUAGAGUGUUAAAGGACUGCUGUGUGAGCUACGGUGGAAUGUGGUAUCUUAAGGGGACGGUGCAGUCUUGACAGCGGUGGUAGCGGUUUCAAGUGAUCUCCGGGACAAAAGAGGACACCUGCAGUGGGCGGCACAGACAGAGUAAUGCCGUGGCCUCGGGAGUGUGGGGCAGGAUCUGACCUACUUUGGGGCAUAUGGGCAUUGCAGAGUCAUUGACAUCCCAGCACACUCACACACCUGUUUGCGUGGCCGCCUAGGCACAUGAGCGACUAGGAAGACAACAUGGGACCCUGUCUGCAGCUUGAUUAGUCUGGGAUUUCUAAUGUAUUUCAAUUCUCGUUCUGUUUCGUUUAUAAAAAAAUAAAACCAUAUACUGACACAGACAUGAUAGAAAAUCAUGGUCUAAUACUUUAUUUUGUAAGUAAUGCCAAUAAAUUAAAUUUGUUUACAAACA